AACGAGACCACCACGAACUUGCACGAAGCACAGCGAGCGCAUCAUCGCAUCACGCAUCAUCCUCACAGGCACUCAGACAGGUCCAGCAAGAUGAAUGAUGAUCAGGUCCAAAGCGAGAUGCGCAAGAUGGUGAGCUUCAUCAAGCAAGAGGCGCUGGAAAAGUCCAAGGAGAUCCACAUCAAGGCAGACGAGGAGUUUGCGAUUGAAAAGGCAAAGCUCGUACGGACAGAGCAGUCUAAAGUUGAUGAGCAGCAUGAACAGCGUAUUAAAAAGGCAGGCAUGAGCCAGCAGAUUGCAAAGUCUACCGUGCUCAACAAGCAGCGACUCAAGAUUCUAGCGGCACGGCAGGCGGUACUGGACGACGUAUUUGAGGAGGCGCGUAACCAACUCGUCAAGAUUGCAGAAGACAAGGAGCAGUACGUGAAACUGCUGGAGAAUCUGCUGCUGGAGUCAUUUCUAAAGCUCAUGACAAAGGAGUUUACGGUUUCUGCAAGAGAGCAGGACUAUGAUGCAGUCAAGCAGGCGAUUGAGAAGGCUCUAGCACGCUACAAGGAGCAAUCUGGCAUCCAAGCCAAGGCAUCUGUGGAUGAGAAGAAGCCGCUGGCCAAGGAUAUCCACGGCGGUGUGCUGGUUCAGACAAAUGAGGGCAAGAUCAGGGUCAACAAUACAUUGGAGGAGCGCCUGUCCCUGGUGGAGGCACAUGGCCUGCCUAUUGUGCGGUCUGCCCUGUUUGGCGAGUCGACCUCGCGCAAGUUCUUCGACUAGGCCUGUUGUGUAGAUGCCACUGCUGCUGUGUCCAUAGAAACACUUUGACAAACUCGC